AUGGCUGACCUUACACCACCUUCAUCUCACAAUUCGACUCCUGUCCGACCAUCAAAUGAAGAUCAUCCACCUUCUCCAACUGCUGGAUUAUCGUCCUUGAGGCCGCAUCCAUUGACCAAGACGACCUCCAUGGACGUCGAUCAUAAUCUUUCAGGAACCGAGUCGGGAAGCGAAGAUGAAUUAGAUAUGGUUGAUCAACACGAUAUCGAAGGUGAAGACGUCGCUGAAGGUGAAGGUGGAAUUCAAAGGGAUGAAAUAAUGAGUUCUGAUGAAGAUGAACGAGAUGAUCAAGAAGGAGAAGGUCAAGGGAAAGGUAAAGCUAGAGAAGAAGUAAGGGAUACUAGCGGAAAAAAGAGUAAAGGACGAAAUAGACGAUCAAGAAAAUACGCCAGACCGGGUUCUGGAUUACCUGGGCCAUCAGGUAAAUCCGCCCGUGGAGCAGGAGCAGGAGGCAAGAAAGAUGGUGAUUUAUAUGAAAGUGAUAUUGUCAACAGGUGGAAUCGAGAAAUCGGUGAUGUCUGCUCUGAAGGAGUUGCUAAUCCUACCAGAGGUAACCCUUCCAUUUCGGAAACAGUCGCUCUCGUCACUUCAUAA